AUGCACAUCACAUCCCUCCUCCUCGCGGGAUACCUCGGCGCGCAGGCUGUCUUCGCAGCAGCCACCGCCCCGGCCGCGCCUUACGUCAAGAUCGGCACCACCAAAUUCAACGGUGUGGCCACCACGACAAAGUCUGACGCGGGCCUGCCUGUUACUCAGUACCUCGGCAUCAAGUUCGCUGCGAAGCCUACCCGCUUCUCGCCUGCCACUGCGCUCGCGCUGCCGACUGGGGAUGUGGAUGCGUCCAAGUUUGGAGCAAUCUGUUAUCAAUCGUUUGGGGGACCUGGCGGAGCCUUCACCAAAGCCAAUUUCGCGACUGGUACCCCCGCCGAGAGCGAGGACUGCCUCAACCUGAACAUCUGGACUCCGCAAGGUACUGGCGCCGCGCCUAAAGGAAACCUUCCCGUCCUGUUCUGGAUCUACGGAGGGUCCUUUGCUUUCGGCGGAUCGGGUCAGCCCCUCCAUAACAGCACCGUGAUCGCCAAACACGACGUUGUCGUCGUCACCGCCAACUACCGCACCAACGUCUUCGGCUUCCCCGGCGCCUCCCAGCUUCCCUUGAAAGAGCAAAACCUCGGUCUCCUCGACCAGCGUAUUGCGCUCCAAUGGGUCAAGAAGAACAUCUUAGCUUUCGGCGGUGACCCGGCCAAAAUCACCAUCUUCGGACAGAGUGCCGGAGCCGUUUCCGUCGAAUCGCUUGUCCUUGAAGGUCCCGUCGCCGACCGCCCCUUCCGCGCCGCAAUCACCCAGUCCAACGUCGCGUCCCAGUUUCUCGCCCGUCCCGUCGGCCCGCUCUUCAACGGGCUCGCCGCCGCGGUCGGAUGCGACGCCACCGCUACAGCCGCGCAGCUGACUUGCAUGCGGGAAAAACCCGCCGACGCCCUCAUCCAAGCCGAACAGAGCCUCAACCUCCCCUUCAGCAUCGUCGUGGAUGAAUUCACCAUCUUCUCCGACCCCGUCGCCCGCCGAACGAGCGGCCUCGCCGCCAAAGUCCCCAUGGUGAUCGGCACCAUGCAGGAUGAAGGGUUCAUGUUCACCCUCGGCACCGCCAACUUCACCCAGUUUGUGCAGGCGACGUUUCCCGGUGCCCCAGUCGAGGUCGUCACUGCGCUCUACCCCAUCGGCGCUGGCAAGCCGUAUGCGACGGACUCCGAUGCCGCGGCUGCUGCGUUCCGUGAUGUCGUUUUCCAGUGCAAAGCCCGCAUUGAUUCGGCUAUCCACGCUGUUAAGAGCAACCCGCGUGUGCACAGGUACCUUUACCAAGCCUCCUUCGCAAAUCAACAAAUCAUCCCCGGCCUUCCCAACGGCGCAUACCACUCCGCCGAACUCCCCCUCGAAUUCGGCUUCCCAAUCGCCGGCUCCACAGCCACCGAACUCUCGCUCGGCGGCCAGAUCCAGCAAGCCCUUGCGACGUACGCCAAAAACCCCGCCGCCAUUCCCGGUGCACCCGUCAUUACCGGCAAGGCGGGUAAUCAGAUCGCUGUGGUGGCUCGGGACGGUACGCCGUCGCUGCAAAAUCAGGAUGAUUAUGAUAAAACGUGUCAGGCGAUUUGGGAUCAGUAUUUGUUGAAGGGAAAGAAGUUGACCGAUUACGGGGUUUCUAUUGCUUAG